AGUUCAAUUUAAAAUUCGUAAACUUGAGAUCGAAACGUUGCCGUUUCUAUGGUAGAAUAGAAAUCAGUCCUCUCUGCAAUACAGUAAAAAGCGGCACACUCAUUUCUCUCCGACCCAAGCAAAUCCAAACCCUAGGCUUAACGAACACAGGCGCACCACCACCGAUGGUGAUCCGCCACCUCUUAACCGCCGCCCGCCGCUCUCGAAAUCCGACUCAUGCACUCACGGCCGUGCGCUCCCACUCCACGGCCGUCGCCUCAGCUACCUCUCCCUUACUCCCCUCCCCGCCUCCCCCAACCGCCAUGAUCUAUGACAGACUAGCCGAAUCUGUCAAGGAAAAGAUCAAGCAACUCGAAUCUCCGGACCCGCGAUUCCUACAACACAACUCUCCGCACCCAUCCUUAGCUUCUCACACCGAAAUCCUAUCCGCUCCAUUAACCCGGAUCACCACUCUCCCCAAUGGCCUUCGAGUUGCUACCGAGUCCACUCUGUCCUCACGAACUGCAACCGUUGGAGUGUUUAUUGAUGCUGGGUCGCGUUUCGAGACCGAGGAGACUAAUGGGACUGCUCAUUUCCUGGAGCAUAUGAUAUUUAAAGGGACUGAGAGGCGGUCUGCAAGGGGGCUGGAGGAGGAGAUUGAGAAUAUGGGUGGACAUUUGAAUGCCUAUACUUCCAGAGAGCAGACUACUUAUUAUGCUAAAGUGAUGGAUAAGAACGUGCCGCAGGCACUGGAUAUUCUUUCGGAUAUUCUGCAGAAUUCGAAGUUUGAGGAGAACCGGAUUAACCGGGAGCGAGAUGUUAUUCUCAGAGAGAUGGAGGAGGUUGAAGGUCAGACAGAAGAAGUUAUAUUCGACCAUCUACACGCCACUGCAUUCCAAUACACGCCCCUGGGUAGAACAAUUCUUGGACCUGCUGAUAAUAUCAAGACAAUUGGCAAAGAGCAUUUGCGAAACUACAUAUCAACACACUAUACUGCACCCAGGAUGGUGAUUGCUGCCUCUGGUGCUGUCAAGCACGAAGAUAUUGUUGAGCAAGUGAAAAAAUUGUUUACGAAGCUAUCGACAGAUCCAACAACAGCAUCUGAGUUAGUUGCUAAACAACCCGCAAUCUUCACAGGCUCAGAGGUUAGGAUGCUUGAUGAUGACAUUCCUCUCGCGCAAUUUGCUGUUGCUUUUGAAGGGGCAUCUUGGUCGGAUCCAGAUUCCAUUGCCUUAAUGGUCAUGCAGUCGAUGUUGGGUUCCUGGAAUAAAAAUGCUGGUGGUGGAAAGCAUAUGGGUUCUGAGCUUGCACAGAGGGUUGGCAUCAAUGAAAUAGCUGAAAGCAUGAUGGCUUUUAAUACUAACUACAAAGACACUGGUUUGUUUGGUGUUUAUGCUGUUGCUAAGCCUGAUUGCUUGGACGAUUUAGCCUAUGCAAUUAUGUAUGAGAUCAGCAAGCUAUGCUAUCGAGUAUCAGAGGCUGAUGUGAUCCGUGCUUGUAAUCAGUUGAAGUCUUCUCUGAUGCUUCACAUUGAUGGAACUAGUCCUGUAGCAGAAGAUAUUGGGCGCCAGCUGCUUACUUAUGGUAGAAGGAUACCAUUUGCUGAAUUGUUUGCCAGGAUAGAUUCUGUAGAUGCAAGUACAGUCAAACGCGUUGCAAACCGAUUUAUCUUUGACAGAGAUGUUGCUAUUACUGCUAUGGGUCCCGUCCAGGGCUUACCCGACUACAACUGGUUCAGGCGCAGGACCUACUGGCUUCGUUACUAGUUUUUCUUUGAGAUCACAUUUUUAAUUAUUUGUUUUCUUUAUUUUUGGCCGAGUCAAUCCUCAUUAUGCUCCAUCACUUAACCUAUUUGCUUUUGCUUUCGCUUUUUUUAACACUCCAACUGGUUAAAAUAAUUGAGCCGUUGUAUUCAGUGAUUUUGGUGAAAUAUAUACUGAAUGUACCAAUUUUUUAAUAUGAUGGCACCGGUGAACGUAAUGAAGGUGGAUACUUGACACGGUUAUAGUAUUGAGCCUGUUUGAUGUA